UCUUGAAAGGAACAGCUUUUUAGACGAAGAAAAUACAACAAAAGUACCUUCAUUUACGCCAUACCCAUAUCAAUAAUCCACGAUAACUAAUACUACCUUCUCUUUAUUCCAUACAUACUUGUAAUUUAGUGUUCACAGCAGUUGAGCCACUUGUUAAUAUCCGGAAAACACCGCUUUCUUGUUACCAAUUUUGGAAUUACUUGCAAUUUUGGAGCACUAGAUGCUUCCGCUCGAUGUCUAGUUUCAUCUGAAUCCAUAUUUCCCUCAUUUCUCUUCCGUAAAGAAAACCCAGUUCUUUUUUAUUUGAAGAAUUAGGGUACGUUUACUUUCUCGUCUCCGUGUUCUGCGCUUCUUCACAUUCUCCGUAGUUAGAAACAAGGCGUUUUAUCUAAGGGUGUCGUUUGGGUAUUUAUCGAAUAUCAACGAUGCAAACCGAUGAAUUGAACAUGUAUUUCAAUAACAUGAUGGUCCUUGGGAGUGUGGGUAGGGUUAUUACUGAGUGGAAGGACAUUCCGAUGGAACUUUUGAUGAGGAUUGUAUCUCUGUUGGAUGAUCGGACGGUCAUAGUUGCUUCUGGUGUAUGUAGUGGAUGGAGGGAUGCUAUUUGUUGGGGACUUACUCAAUUUUCACUCUCAUGGUGCAAAAACAACAUGAACAACAUGGUGCUUUCUCUUGCUCCCAAAUUCACGAAAUUAAGGGUUUUGACCCUUCGGCAAAAUAAACCACAGCUUGAUGAUCAUGCAGUUGAGACAAUUGCUGCAAACUGCCAUGAAUUGGAGGAUCUUGACCUGAGCAAGAGCUUUAAACUAAGUGAUUGGUCCCUUUAUGCCUUGGCUCGUGGUUGUCCAAAUCUUAUUAAGCUCAAUAUCAGUGGCUGCUCUGCUUUUAGUGAUGCAGGUCUUGUGUAUCUCAGUGGCUACUGCAGGAAACUCAAGAUUUUGAACCUUUGUGGAUGUGUAAAAGCUGCAUCCGACAAUGCCCUCAAGGCUAUAGGGUACAAGUGUCAACAACUUCAGUCGAUAAAUCUUGGUUGGUGUGAAGGAGUUAGUGAUGUUGGAGUAAUGAGUUUGGCUUAUGGGUGUCCAGAUCUUCGUGCCAUUGAUUUGUGUGGGUGUGUUCUUAUAACAGAUGAGAGUGUGAUAGCUUUAGCAAACAACUGCUUACACCUUCGGUCUCUGGGGCUAUACUACUGUCAGAACAUAACAGACAGAGCAAUUUACGCAUUAGCCCACAGCCGAGUGAAAAACAAGCAUGAAGUAUGGGAAUCCGUGAAAAGCAGGUAUUAUGAAAAAAAGAACGAAGAAGAAGAAGGGCUGAUAAAUCUGAACAUCAGCCAAUGCACUGCCCUAACACCGCCAGCUGUGCAAGCCCUUUGUGACUCGUUCCCUGCACUACACACGUGUGCGGGCAGGCAUUCUCUCAUAAUAAGCGGUUGUCUGAACCUCACCUCCGUCCACUGUGCUUGUGCCUUUCAAUCACACCGUGCCCUUGCAUCACUGUCUCAUUGACCCGACCCGACCCGACCCGUUUGUUGUCAUGUGAUGUUUGUAUAGUUGAUGUUGGUAUGUUUAUGUUAUGUUGGGACUUUUUUAUAUUCUGGAGAAUUUGAUUCGGAUCGUUUCGUUUUCGGUUGGUGUUUCUGACAAGUCAUAAAUUAAACCAUAUAUGAAGACGUAUGUUAUAUA